AUGUCAGUCAGUGGACCUUGUAUCUGGUUAUCCUCUUUGCCACCCCCGUCUAGUUCUCAUUUGACUGCGAUUACGAAUUCUUGGUCGACGCCUUCUUGGAACGUUGAACAGGCUACUUCGAGGACAAAGGCAGUCUCCCCUGGGUUACCUAGAUCGUUGGAGAAAGAAAGCGAUUCAGCAAAGACACCCGUCGAUAUGCAGUCUGCCGUGAUUAAGGCUGAAAAUGCCUUCUCAGCCGGAGCGCUCGUAGGUCCGUCAAAUUCGGUUCGAUAUUCCGGGGUAGAAAUGCCCUCGGACACCUCGGAGAAUCGGAAUGUGCAGGCUGAGGGUGACGCUUCGUUGUCCCGAAUGAAACUCGAAAGACUGAACCACAGUGAACCACUUCUCUCUAUUCCUCGAGGGGGGUCCAGCCCUCAAGCCCCAAGAGAGUUCACUCCAGAAGCAAGAACAGGAGAUCAAGAGGAACAACACGAGCACGACAAUGCGGAAGUAGGAGCUUCUUCGGACGAUGGAACAGGGUCGCCGAGAACGGCGUUGGACCCUAAAACAGAGAAGAAGAAGAUGAAAAGAUUCCGACUCACACAUAAUCAAACUCGCUUCUUGAUGAGUGAGUUCACUCGUCAAGCACAUCCUGACGCUGCGCACCGAGAACGAUUGUCAAGAGAGAUACCUGGGUUGACACCGCGGCAAGUUCAGGUUUGGUUUCAAAACAGGCGAGCUAAGCUCAAGCGGCUCACCAGCAAUGAUCGGGAGCGGAUGUUGAAAUCUAGAGCACUGCCGGAGGACUUUGAUACUACUCAAGUGCUAAGGACACCCUUCGACAACAGGACUUCGUCGGAAACACCGGUUCCGUCUCCCCUGAGCCGUAUGGCAUCUAUUUCGGGCGCUAAUGCUUCAAAGAUGCUCCUGACGGACGGACUACAACGACUCAAUGACGACGACUAUGUGAUCUCCCCACUAAGCUCAGCCUCGACUACAACAGGAAGCGGUUUUCCCUCUACUGGCGCUGAUCGGAAUUUGGAGGGCUAUAUGCCAAAUGGCACGUUAGCAAACCGGGCUGCGCCAACACCUGUCCCCGAACUACAGAGACACAACCGUAGUGCCUUCCCCUUUUCGAGAUCCAGCAGCUUUUCCGAACCGUCCUUCAACCCAAGUCUGCACUUCCCCGGCCGAUACUCUAGACCAGGUGAGCCGGUCAGUCACCCUGGUAUGCCAUACGGGCGGCGACCCGUGGAUUACGGAAUCAGCCGCCCAGGCAAUAGUAUGGUCGUUGGAUACGAUAGCCAUCGGCAGUUGGAAGGUUCUGUCUCACCAACUGGACAAACGGAUCAGCCCAUUACAUAUAGUAUGGACGGUCAUAGCCAGCAAUUACAUAGCUAUCAACCUUCGCUCACGAUGCCCAACUCGAAAGGAUUUGGCGGGCUCGACUUGAACUCUCACAUGCAACCGCACGGAAGACACAUACCUGCUCUGCAAUCGCUAUCGGUUUCAGACGCUCCAGACUAUCGACACUAUUCGUACAGUCACCAUCCGUAUAGUAUGAGCGCUGCUAUGCCAUACACCCAGGCCAAUGCAUCUAGUAUGAGCCUUCCUGCGUCGUUUCCCUCCGACACAGGUAGUGCGUCACAUGGAUCUGUUGGCGGCUCUACUGAAGACCGAAUUAAUAAUCCACCACAAGUCUUGGACCCAUUGAGGACCAAGUUCAGCAACCAACCAUUCGAAUACUCUAACUAUCUCUAA